CUGAAUAAACAGAAAUCUCAUACCGCGAAGAGUGAACAGAAGAGAAGAACUCUCCGUUAAACUGAACCGAUGAAUUGAACAAGUAGAGUGGAACAGAGAUCGAAUCAUCUGGUGAUCUGUAAAUAUGAUGGUGGAUCUGACCUCGUUCUCCGAUGAGAAGUUCGAUGCCAAGAAAUGGAUCAACGCGGCGUGCCAGGCGCGGCACCCGCAAGAGCCGGUGGAGAAGCACCUCGUGGAUGUGGAGAUGAAGCUGCAGAUGUUGUCCGAGGAGAUCGCCGCCUCCCUCGAGGAGCAGAGCGCCUCCGCCCUCCUCCGCGUGCCCCGCGCCACUCGCGACGUCCUCCGCCUUCGCGAGGACGCCCUCUCCCUCCGCCAUUCAGUCGCCGGUAUCCUCCAAAAACUCAAGAAGGCAGAGGGAUCCUCAGCGGAAUCUGUAGCCACCCUAGCCAAAGUUGAUACAGUCAAAAGGAGGAUGGAAGCUGCAUACGAAACAUUGCAGGACGCCGCUGGGUUAACUCAAUUAAGUGCAACUGUUGAAGAUGUGUUUGCUAGUGGUGAUCUUCAACGUGCUGCUGAAACCUUGGCUAACAUGAGGCAUUGUUUGUCUGCUGUUGGUGAGGUUGCCGAAUUUGCAAAUAUUAGGAAGCAGCUCGAAGUUUUAGAGGACAGAUUAGAUACAAUGGUUCAGCCACGUUUGACAGAUGCUUUAUCCAACCGCAAGGUCGAUGUUGCUCAAGAUUUGAAGGGAACUCUUAUUCGAAUUGGGAGGUUCAAGUCUUUAGAGCAGCAAUACGCUAAAGUUCAUUUAAAGCCUAUAAAACAGCUUUGGGAAGAUUUUGAAUCAAGACAGCGAGCUAUGAAGCUUGUAAGUGAGAAAAAUGAACUUGAAAGGAUAUCCAGUAGUCAAGAUAUUCAGUCAAGCUUGCCUGCAGUUUCAUUCUCCAGUUGGUUGCCCAGUUUCUAUGACGAAUUGCUGCUUUAUUUAGAACAAGAAUGGAAGUGGUGCAUGAUUGCUUUUCCAGAUGAUUAUAGGACUCUUGUCCCAAAGCUUCUAAUUGACACAAUGGCAACAGUGGGUUCAAGUUUUGUAGCCCGUACCAACCUAGCAACGGGAGAAGUUGUUCCUGAAACAAAAGCAUUGGCUAAAGGUCUGCUAGAUAUCAUUUCUGGUGAUAUGCCAAAGGGCAUUAAAGUUCAGACCAAACAUAUUGAGGCACUGAUUGAACUACACAAUGUGACGGGGUCUUUUGCUAGAAAUAUUCAACACCUGUUUUCAGAAUCUGAUCUCCAGGUUUUAUUGGACACACUGAAGGCAAUAUAUUUCCCUUAUGAAUCAUUCAAACAGAAGUAUGGACAGAUGGAACGUCUUAUCCUCUCUGCUGAGAUUGCAGGAGUAGAUCUUAGGGGAGCUGUUGCUCGUGGAGUUGGGGCCCAGGGAAUUGAACUUAGUGAGACAGUACGAAGAAUGGAAGAAUCCAUUCCACAAGUCAUUAUUCUUCUUGAAGCCUCUGUGGAGAGAUGCAUCAGCUUUACUGGUGGGUCUGAGGCAGAUGAGCUAAUUCUUGCCCUUGAUGAUGUUGUGUUACAGUAUAUUUCCAUCCUGCAAGAAACCUUGAAAUCAUUGAGAGCCAUAUGUAUAGUGGAUAUUGCGGGUGAUGGUGUUGGUUCAAAGAAGGAAAUUGGACUGGACAAAAAGGAAGGAGUUCAUAUUUCUCGUAAGACUGACUUGAUUUCAAAUGAGGAGGAAUGGUCCAUUGUCCAAGGUGCAUUGCAGAUCCUCACUGUGGCAGAUUGUUUAACAAGCAGAUCCUCAGUCUUUGAGGCUUCCUUGAGAGCUACUCUUGCUAGACUUAGCACAAGCCUCUCAUUUUCAGUAUUUGGUUCUAUGCUGGACCUAAAAAACCAUGCCCAUGUGUCCAUUGAUGAUAGAAGUGGCGAGUUAUCUUCAGGUGGGAGGGCGGCCUUGGAUGUGGCAGCUUUAAGGCUUCUUGACAUUCCUGAGAAGGCUCGGAAACUCUUCAACCUUUUAGAGCAGUCAAAAGACCCCCGGUUCCAUGCCCUUCCAGUUGCAUCGCAACGAGUCACAGCAUUUACAGAUGCAGUGAAUGAACUUGUUUAUGAUGUUCUCAUAUCGAAAGUACGGCAACGACUUAGUGAUGUGUCUCGUCUGCCAAUCUGGUCGUCUGUUGAGGAACCAAGUGCUUUCCCUCUUCCAAGCUUUAGUGCAUACCCCCAGUCCUAUGUGACUAGUGUUGGUGAAUAUCUUCUCACUCUACCCCAACAACUGGAACCACUCGCUGAGGGCAUUUCUAAUAAUGAUGCCAACGCUGAUGAUGCUCAGUUCUUCGCAACUGAAUGGAUGUUCAAGGUUGCAGAAGGUGCAACAGCCCUUUACAUGGAGCAGCUGCGGGGGAUUCAGUACAUAACUGACCGCGGUGCUCAGCAACUUUCUGCUGAUAUCGAGUACUUGAGCAAUGUGCUUUCAGCGCUUUCAAUGUCAAUCCCUCCAGUUUUAGCCACUUUCCAUGCAUGCCUUUCAACCCCAAGAGAUCAAUUGAAAGACCUCAUCAAGUCAGACUCGGGAAUUCAGCUCGACCUUCCAACCGCCAACCUUGUUUGUAAGAUGCGACGCGUUAGUUUAGAUCAGUAAAUUCUAUACAGAAGGGACUUUUUCCUACCACCUGCCCCGUGGAUAACUUCACAGAUAGAACGGCCAGAUAGAACAACCAUAAGCAGACGACAAGACAACAAAUCCGGAGUCAAAAGACUGAACAUGGGCCGACUGGAGAUUUCCAGUGCAUGCACCACUGUUCACUUGAGUUGAUUGUAGAGUUAUUCAUGCAUAAUUUUUGUCCCCCUUCUCCAAUGGGCUUGGUUUUUACAGAUUUUGGACAACAGCUUGUGUAAAUUGCAGCAAUUGAAAGCAUUUGUUGUAGGUGGCACUGCAAGUGUAGCAGUGCCAAUUUUACUGUGGAUGGUGGUGAUUCUGUCUUUUUCCUUGAAAAUACUUGAAGUUGAAUGGUAGCUUUUCCUUCCUCGUGGACUCACAAUCUUAGUAGUCCUAUCGCC